AUGACAAGCCUUUCGAGAUUUAGUGGCUGCCCUCUUUCUCGCGUCAACCCCGGGGAGAGCAAUACUGAUCCCAGCGUGGUGCUGCCACCUUUGGCAGGGGAGCACAUGGGGCACCCCACUGGCAGUUCCUUAAAACUCUGCCCCUCGCACAAUUUGCGAGACUACCCCGAGACGAGGUCCAGUGCAUAUGUUGACCAGUCGGUUGCCCAUUUUGCAGACUCCGGACACCCCGGCCACCGGUCAGAGCACAGCCCUAGGGGCAUUAUCAUUGGAGCCAAUCUUCCUGGAGUCGCCAUGCCACCCGUCACUGAUCAGCUGGCAUCGAGAGCUCACCAACAUGGCGGGAUGGGGAGGUACCGCGACCUCCAUGGCUGCAGAGAUAACAGAAGCCACGCUUUUUUCACAGCUUAUCACGAGCAGGCCCAUGGCUCCAACGACGCAACUCGAGAUAUCGGCAGUCAAAUGAUGCUGGGUCUACCUGGGGACCUCAUUAGCCGGACGCACCCGUAUCACCAAACCAUCAGCCCCAGGGGAAACGGUCAGCAACUUGUCACCCAGUUUCUGGGUCUGUACAAACCGCUGAACAUGGCGAUUCAGCGUGGCGGAGGCGACGCUUUCGUCAGGUGCUCCAAACCAAACGUGAAGCACGAGCUGGUGUGUCAGUGGAGUGACGGCCACGAGGGGCUUGGCAAGCAGCCGUGCGCCAGGACCUUCGGGACCAUGUAUGAACUUGUCACCCAUGUGACAGUGGAGCACGUCGGAGGACCCGACCACUCUGAAUAUGUGUGUUACUGGCAGAACUGUCCCAGGGACAGCAAGCCUUUCAAAGCCAAGUACAAGCUGGUGAACCACGUCAGAGUCCACACAGGGGAGAAGCCCUUUCCCUGCCCUUUCCACGGCUGCCAAAAAGUUUUCGCCAGGUCAGAAAACCUUAAGAUCCACAAGAGGACUCACACAGGUGAGAAACCGUUUAAAUGCGAGUUCGAGGGCUGCAGCCGGAGAUUCGCGAACAGCAGCGACCGCAAGAAGCACUCUCACGUGCACUCCAGCGAUAAGCCCUACACGUGCAAGGUCGGGGGCUGCGAGAAGUGCUACACGCACCCCAGCUCCCUGCGAAAGCACAUGAAGCUACACUGCAAGACCCAGGCGGCCAAAAGCGGCGACGGGGAGCACCUCGCGGAGGCCAGGUCAUCCCAAACCGGCCCCUCCAGCGCGCAGCCCCCCGCCACCUCCACCCAAGAGUCCCUGUCCCCGGAGAUGCGAGACGACCCUGCCCCGAGGUCGCGUUUCCAUCACACGCUAGACAACAGUUUGGACUACGCCGCACAGAGGUCACAGCCCCUCCUCGACCCCUUUUUGUUACAGAGAGGCAGCUACAGGUCCGAGUCCUCCCAGUACUCCUGCGGCCAGUCCGCUCACGGUUUCGCCCAGAGCUCCAGGACUUUCCCCUCCGCCUCCCCCUUUCAGAAAAGUGUCGUUAAUGGAUGGUACACUUGCCACACCGGCGUGGACUCUUUUUCACCAAAGCAAUGCAAUAACAUACCAUCUAUUUGA